AUGCUCAAGGGUGUUGAAGAGCUUCCUGAGGCAGUUAAAGUUACCAUGUGCCGAAGGGCGUCAUGUAGUGAUGGGCAAAGUUGGGAUGCCCCUAAAGUGAUAAAGACCUGUGAAUGUGUCUAUAUGCCGCUCAUGUCUCCAUGCACAGCACGAAGACAUGAGAAUGUGUCUCUGUGCCGCUUGUGUCUCCUGUUAAUGGUAGGCAAACUAUUUGCUGGAAUCGAGAUCGGUUUUCGAAUCAUGAUUGCACCAGUAUACGUUGCAGAGAUAUUACCUACAAUUCUUCCAUCAAUUUUUAUUGGUUUUGCACUGUUUGUUAUACCUGAAUCCCCGAGAUGGUUGGUAAUGCAAAAUCGGAUUGAUAAAGCGAGGAUGGUGCUAUUGAAAACCAAUGAAAAAGCAAGUGACGUCGAGGAGAGGUUAAUAGAAACACAACAGCCUGCAAGUUUUGUUAAUGCUGCGAAGUACAAAGAGAGAGAUAUAUGGCGCGAUUUACUAAAUCCUUCACUUGGAGUUCAACGAAUGCUAAUUACAGGUUGUGGAAUCUAG